UGAAUAAGGCGUAUAGACCAGAUAUCAUCUGUUUAACCCGCAAAGUCUACCAAGACUGAGCACAACCUCUCUUACCCCCUAGCCCGGCACUUCUGCUUGCGCUGCGUGAGUUUCGGACCCAUAGGUUCCCAUCGACAACAACCGACCGACGACAAUCCCUUCCGGACUCAACCUUGCGACACAAUGCUGUCCAAUAACCCCCAAACCAGCAAUCUUCAUGCCCGUCACAGAGCACACCGACGCCAAAAUUCGACACCGACGGCAUUCGAAGCAGUGAAGAUCCAGCCCUUGCCCCCAAAUGUCCAGCGUCAACGAGCUCUCGGCCACCGCCGAGGCCUCAGCCUGGACACAAGAAGGCAGGACUUUGCACCGGUAAGUAUGACUACUAACACAGGACUAGCACAACCGCAGCAUGUACUGCGAGAAGCGCAGCAGCAACGCAUUCAAGCACGCCCGGGCCCCCGCCAGCAGGCACACCUUCGACAACACUCACAACAACAAAUUCACCGGAGACAGCAAAUGUACAUGGCCUCCAAUGACCAUGAAAACUACCUCAUGUCCCCCCAUGGAACGCCUCAGGCUCAGCGCUUCGACGCCACAUGCUUCGACUCAUCGCCCAUACAGUACAACCAGUAUGGCCAGCAGAUGAACAACAUGAUGGCCAAGGGUCAGCAGGUCUAUGGCGCGAACAUGGGAGGCAACAAGGACUUUGAGCUCUUUGGCUCUGACAGCGCUCUCUCGACCCCUUCUUUCAUGAACUUUAGCGACACUCCCAACACCCCUCAGGGCUGGAUCUCUGAGGAUGAGACUGCAAGCACAAGACGGUCUUCGCGGAGAAUUAGCAAUGGCAUCAUGGACAGAGUCAACAAAUUCGAGACCAUGGGCGUUGAGCAGAUGCAAAGACCAAUGACGCCACCACACCAGGAUGCAAACAACUACUUCCCCCCGACACCAAUGGAGACACCCCACGACAGGGCCGUUAAGCACGAGCCCAUGUCUGCCAGGCCGAGUCGAUUCGCUGAGGGAUACGACGAGUCCAUGGAGGAGACUCUCAAGCCCGUGAGGAAGUCGAACCAACGCACCCAGAACAUCUUUGAGGAGAUGCGCAAGCAGUCGGAGCAGAACGUCAUGACGGUUCCUCAGCAGCCCUCUCAGAUCCCCCACGGUCUGUACGACCAGGUUGUGCCGACUGCCGACUUCAUGAACAUGAACAACUUCAACAAUGAGUUCCUGAAGAUUCAGGAGGUUCCUGGCUACGACGGCCUCUCUGAUGAUCUCCAAGUCUCUUCCGACAUGUCCCAGCACUCGACUCCUCACACUCCUCUGAUGAACUUCCACAGCGCUUUCGAUAACCGCCCUGAUCUCCACCACCCCAACAUGACCAUCGGUUCUAUCUCGCCUUCCAGAUCCUUUGACGACAGAUCCUUUGAUGAUUCUCGCCUUUCUUCACCCCAUCGCCGUACCGAGUCUCUUGCCAGCAUUGCCAGUGCCGCGAGCAUUGCAAGCAUCAACAUCGAGGAGACCAAGACUGAGACCGGCGUCACGCUUGAUGACAUUGCUACUUACAUCACCGGACCCGAUCCUGCAGAUGGCAAAUGGACUUGCACUUUUGAGGAUUGUGGCAAGAAGUUCGGACGCAAGGAGAACAUCAAGUCUCACGUUCAAACCCAUUUGAACGACCGACAGUACCAGUGCCCUUCUUGCAAGAAGUGCUUCGUUCGCCAGCACGACUUGAAGCGCCAUGCAAAGAUCCAUACCGGUAUCAAGCCUUAUCCCUGCGAAUGCGGCAACAGCUUUGCCCGCCACGAUGCUCUGACCCGCCACCGCCAACGUGGCAUGUGCAUUGGAGCGUUUGACGGCAUCGUCAAGAAAGUUGUCAAGCGCGGCCGUCCCCGCAAGCACCGCCCCGAGAUGGACGAGCGCGUCAACAAGUCGGCUCGCACAAGGACCAAGAACAAGUCGACCGCCUCCACAUCAUCGCAGUCCGGCUACUCAGAUAGCUCUGCAGUCAACUCUCCCGAGAACGACUUCAUGAUGUCGGAUGACCAAUUCGAGAUAGGCGAUAUUGACGAACGUCGAAACUUCGACAUGCCCCUUCAAAUCACCACAAGCUCAUCCGCACCUAUGCCUUCUUCGCCUCCACGUCUUCACCGGGAUUCGCACUUGGAGACUUCCCCGGCUGCGAGCCACCAUUCCGAGUACGUCUCCCCAGAGGCCCUGAUGGAGGCACCCGUCUCGUUGCCCCAGCAACCAGAAUCACCAGCAAAGAGCGAGUACAACACCCCACCGGAACUUUCCCAGUCUUCAUCGCCACCACCCAAUCAGUUCUUCGACGCCGAGCCCAAUCACUCUGGUUUCAGCGACGAUUCACUGCUGGCUGGAAUGAGAGGCAAUGCUGGUCCCAUCGGCAGCACCAGCAUCUCGAGCCUGGGCCUGGUCGAUGCUGAUGAUGAAUUGCUCAUGAACAUGAAGGCUUUCACAACCGAAGAUGGUCUAGUUCAAUUCGACCGUGAGUCCAACAUGCUCAUGAUGAGCAAGUUUGACGAAGAAUUCGAAGACCCAGUCAACAUGUUCACCAACAACGAUGAUAUUUUCUUUGGCAGCUCAUGAUGGAUAAUAUUUUCUGGUGAAACGGUUCCCUUUCCGAAAGGUGUAGGACGGUGUCACGACUUCUUCUCUUCAGCAAUGUGUACGUUAUGACGCUUUACGCUUGUGCUUGAUCUUGGUCUUUCUCAGCACCCACCACGGGACCAUGUAAUGACGACGGGUUAUCGCGACGCUCUUCGUUCGCUGGACGGAUGUACUAUCACAAUGGGGUAUCAAAAUGUUCGGUCUAUAGGUGUUUUCGGUAAUGAUUCGGGUAUUUUUGGCGAUCAGCGGCGGGUUCUGGCCUUUAUUUUUCUGGUAUACGGCAACGGGAUUUGGAAUGAACAUGAACCCGAUGUCUGGCGCUGGGCGACCGCGCGUGUGCCUUACGCCUCGGUUGGGUUCUGGGAUUACGCGAUAGAAGAGAUAAGAUGAAUUGAAUUUGGGAUGGAUUUCAAAUU